AUGAGUCGUCCGGCUCGUAUACCCUCACACUCAGGUCCUCCACCGUCCUACGGUUCCUACCCGCCACAUCAUGCUUCAGCCUCUCGACCAGAAAUCAUUGCACCAGGCCAUCCAGUUCGACCUGCUGACACAAGCGGCAACCAGAGCAAUGCCCAGCAACUGCCCAGUCUCCGUACGCUCCUAGAGCCAGAACUGCUCGACAAGAAGUCCUCCGAUCCACCACCAUUGAGUGCGUCUGGCACUCAGCACCCGUAUACACAAGGUGGACGCUACGGAUCUUCCAGUCCGACGUUGAAACGGCGACAUGAACACGAUAGCCACUUCCAUGGCUACCCAGAGCACAAUGCCGUGGCUUCACAAUCGCUCUAUCACCAUCGUCAGUCCCUUCCGGCCACAACCGCUACUCCAUCUACUGCCUCUUCAACAUCCAGCUCCGGAUUCGGUAUUGGCCGACUAGAGCUCCAACGCCGCGAAAGUUUUAUCCAUACUACGCAGCAUGACUUGGCUGGCAACGGGCACCGGCAACUUUCUCUGGCGUCUGAUUCGGCGGGCUCAAUCAUGGGCCAACAGGAACUAGGAUUCGAUCCGAGCAGGCCGGUGAGAAUGCGACGACUAGAUGGCACCUCACGCGCACCGAUACAAUCUUCCCGAUGUGUUGGCCAGCGUGACAUACCCGGCGAAGGUCUUUGUUACGUCUAUGAAGAUGGCACCUAUUGCCGUGCCAUUAUAGAUGGCGAGGCAGUCAACCCCUCGUGGGGCAUCACCAAGGCAGGCAAACCUCGAAAACGCCUUGCACAGGCCUGCUUGACUUGUCGCGAGAAGAAGAUUAAGUGUGAACCGGGGUAUCCAAAAUGCCACCAAUGCGCAAAGUCGCAAAGAGUGUGUCGAGGUGGAAUUAACCAGAACAAUGUAUCCGGCGAGACGUCUCCAUCAGGCUCCGCUCCGCUAUAUAAACACCCAUCGUCUGAAGUGCUUAGUCCUUCGGCGGCUACGGAGAGAGCCAGAGCGAUUGGAGAGCCAAGUGAACCGCCCAAACCCGCCAUUGAUCCUUGGAACAUCAGUACUCCGUAUAGGCCACGGAAAAUUCGAUCAACUGCCAUUGGGAACAAGAGAGACAUGUCAGUACACUCGUACGACUCAGAUUGGAGCGGCUCUGCAAACGAACAGGUCAUGGAGGACUUUGGGCGCGGCUCGUACUCUGAUCCCCUUGCGCUUCAAUGGGAACAGGAUCCUUUUGAAACUGAUCCCAGGCUCACAAUGGAUUUGCUGGAGCUCUAUUUUGGCCAUGCUGGCCGCGCAACAUACAGCAUGUUUCCGCGUCGGGCGUUCCUUACGUGGGUGGAGACAAGCCGCGAUAAGAAUCAAGACCACUUGAUGCUCCUCUAUUCGAUCCUGGCAAUGGGAUCCGCUUUUGCAACGGAUCCAGAAAGAAGGUCGCUGGGCAAGAGAUUUGUUUCUGUUGCUUCAUAUGCGGCUGAAAAACGCUUCGGGAAAUUCAGUUUGCAGCUAUGUCAGACGCGGUUGAUGCUUGCGUUAUAUUUUUUCGCCAAAGGCAAGUCACAGGAGGCAUGGGACUACUGCGGAGCUGGCCUACGAGCCAUCAGCGCACUGAAGCUUAAUACAGAAGAUGGCAUCAAAGAUCUUAUGGACAGUAAUGCCAACCCCGACUACGGUUUCGACCGCCAGACUUUUGAAGAAUGCUGCCGACGUACCUUCUGGUCUGGACUACUGAUGGAUGUAAGUUACGACAUCAUCAAGGACCCGGCACCCGUUGACUUUACAUCCCCACAGCGAUACAACGGCUUUUUUGGGGGGACUUUGUUUGUUUUCAGCAUGGAAGACGCCUUUGUUCGGCUCCCAUGUCUGGACGGGAUGUACGAGUCAUCGACUCCAUCCGACGCGCCAUUCUUUAGUGAAGAGCUUCUGAGUGGAAGAGGGGCACCUAUCACCAUCUUGGGUCCUAUGGCACACCUGUGUCUGAUUUCAACACUGUGGGGGGAGGUGCUGGCCUUCACUGGUCGAACUGCUCGGCGACCCGACGCUGGAUAUGAACGACAUUACGAAACCUUCUACGCAAAGACUUAUGAGAAGCUGGAUGCCUGGCACGCCCUGCUUCCGGAAAAUUUGCGUUAUACCAUGCAGAAUCUCGAUACGAGCAUUAUUGAAGGAUAUGCAGGUACCUUCAUAUCAAUACAUGCUCUGUAUUGUGCAGCGACAAUUCGACUGAACCGACACGUUCGCAUCAAUGCAUUGCCAGCAGACAAAAUAUGCCGGAACCUCAAGCAGGCUUUCUUCAUGGCCUCCAACUUCCUCUCCAUGAUGCACUCAGUAGCCAAGGUCAACCGUCAGCAACGCCUUCCAGCGGCCGCAGCAUCCGAGUUUUUGUUUUCGACACCGUUCCCUGGUUAUGCUCUCAUGCUUUCUAUUGAUGUCCUCACCUCUGCAGGCCUCUUCUCGACUCUCCCAAAGUUGAUUGAGACAUUGAGCACUUCGCUUUCGUGCAUCGAUGAACUCGCAAGCUUUUGGUCAUCGGCAAAAACACAACAGAAGACAGUGUCACAUCGUAUCAAGCAACUUACCGAAAUGGCCGGUCAAGAAGGACAAAACGUCAGGAACAGCAGCCAUGGAAACUUUUGGAGAACCACCAAUAGUCUCCAGACUUCCUUUGCAAACGACGACGCGCUGUAUAAAACUGAUGACCAGCUGUUGUUUGGUGUUGUUGGUCAACUUACAAGCUAG